AUGUACCUAUAUUUGUCGAAUAUCAUCAAUUUUGUCUCCGUGACCCUCUGCGUUUUUGUUUUUGGAGUUUCGCGAAUUUUGGCCAAACGAAAAAUCCAUGUGGAAUAUCAAUUUAUCGUCGCGUUUAAUACCACAAUCGACUUGGCGUAUGCGAUCACUUGUUUGGUUGAGGCACCGGUAAGGGUCUUUUUUGCGGUUUGAAUGCGGUAAAAGUACAAUUUUUUUGGGGAAGUUGGAUUACUGUAAAAAUCAAAAAAAAAUGGCGAUACGACUUUUCGGGUCAACGAUGUUAUGAAUCGUGUCGGUUUGUCGUUGUAUGCAUGGGGAGGCUAGGAGAAGGCUUAGUUAGUAGAAAUGUAAUAUGAUUGAUCGGGUCCUACACGCCAAUUUUUUAUAGCUUCUCAUCUUUUUUGAGGGUAUUUUAUAUGUACUCACAUCAAUAAUUUCUAGAUAAAAGUUACGGAUCUUUGUUUUUUUUCCCCACAAAUUUUGGUCUGUUAUAUUUUAAAAUAACUCGGGGUUAAGAAAACUAACGUUAGUAAUAGCUAAAAUUAGAAAAAAUAAGCCUAUUUCAAGUCUUUGCCGAGUCUCCGCCGAGCCUCCGCCGAGCUUUCGCCGAUAAUUCAAUGGCAUUGCCAGGCCUCAUAGGCACUUCCAACAACUUUUUUUGAGUAACCACCUGCCCUACCCAGCGUAUCAAUCGAUUUUCUGUUGACCCGAACAGUCGUCAACCCGAAAAAUCGGGACGUAAAAAAUCGCUAAAAAUCCCAAAAAAGAAACAAAAAAAUCUCCAAAAUUUCAGUGUUUUAUUAUGACAGACAACCUGUUCUUCCUGAGUAUGGAGAACCACACAUUCUCCACCGAGAACGACCGACUUGUGGCCUUUUUGGCCUUCACUUUCUGCGGCUUUCUCCAACUUCUCCUUCUCAACAUCGCAAUCCAUUUUUAUUAUCGCUAUAAUGUGGUGCGUUUCUCGAAUUACUGCUCCAAAACAAAGUUCCUGCUUCUUUAUGGUGCCUGCUCACUAUGGGUGGUACUGUACUUUGUCACAGCGCAGAUUGAAAUUCGGCCGGCGAGCAAUUACAUUGAUGCUUUAUAUACGAUUCCCGACUUCGAAACGAAUCCACCGAUGGUUUAUGUGUUUGAUUUGGUAAGUGGAAGGGCUAGUGGUACUUGAAAUAUUCAGUUUUGGCUUCAAUUUUGGUUUUCAAAUUCAAAUUUCGAUUUUCCCGCCAUUUUUGGCAUUGUGUUUUAGAUGGGAAAUCAUAACAAAAAAUUGCUUCAAAUCACCAUAGAACAUUUUCUGACUGUUUAAAAAUUAUUUUUGGCGAUAUUUUUAUCACUUUUUUUUACCGCACAGUGCAAAAAAAUAAACUUUUUUCGCACUGUGCGGAAAGAUUAUGCUGAAAAAAAUCUUUUUUUCAGAACUACUGGUCGUCAAUCUUGACAACGCUAGACUUUCAACUCACUGGAAUGGCAUUUUACAUCGUUGGGGGCUAUUUUGGAUUCAAAAUUGUGAAGGAAUUGCGACGAUUAAAAGCGUCGGCUCGAAAAGCAAUGGACGCACAGCGAUAUAUGGUGCGAGUUUUGAUUGUUCAGGUAAGUGAGAGACAAAUUUUUGAAAAAAUAUUGUAAUUGAAAAUUCAAAAAAAAAAAAUAAAAUAAAAUAAAAAAAAUUUGCACAGUGCGACCGAAAAAUAUUUUUUUGCACCGUGCAGAAAAAUUGUUGUUUGUUCUUGCACUGUGCGGUCCGCAGGAAGAAAGGCUAAUUUUUGCACAGUGCGGCCGAAAAAAGUCUCUUUGCACUGUGCACUGCGAAAGAAGAGACAUUCUCGUUGCACGGUGCAAGCGGAGAAAUUGAGGUUUGACUGCACAGUGCAAUUGUAAUUUUAUAUUUUUUUGCACUGUGCGCCUAAAAAACGGCAAUAUUUUUUUGCACGGUGCAAAAGUAAAUGAGUGGGUUUUUUCGCACAUUGUAGUCGCCAAAGACGUUCUGAAAAAUUUCUCACUUGGUUUUGUCAUCAUAUUUUUCAUGAUGAGAUUUUUUGCAAAUUAAAAAAAAAUUUUUUGAUGUAGGUUUCUAAUUCAUCUAUUCUAAUAUUUUAGUCAAAAACUGAACAUAUUUUUUGAAUAUCAAACUUUAUCUUGAUGAAAUUCUUGAUGACUUUUUUAUUUUUGGCUGCAUUUUCAUACCUUUUUCGUACCAGACAUCUUAAAAAUACAUUUUCCGCCGUCAAAACACUAAAAUAUUCCCUAAUUUUGUUGCCAUCCCCCUUUUCACCUGUUUUUCUUUUAUAAAAAAUUUAGCAAUUCUAAACAUCAUGUUUAAUAUAUAACACAAAAACUUUAAUCCCCCAAAAUUUCAGGCGAUUUACCCUUUAUUGGUCCUGUUGUUACCAUCCACAAUCAUGGUCAGUCUCUUCUUUUUACACAAAACAUUCGUCCCAUUCUGUUUUGUAAUGGGAUUGUCCGUCCAAUCCCUGCCAAUUUUGAAUGCAAUCUCGGUCCUAUUGUUGGUGCCCUGCUAUCGCAAAUUGAUCACUGGCUCAAAGGUGUCCUCACUCAACACAACUCCGUCCAUAAAAAGCCCUAAAAGCUUGUUAUUUUUCAAAUAA